AUGGCUUUCUGGACCCACUUCGCGUCGACGGCCGAGGAGGCUGCUGCAAAGGCGGCUGCUCAGGCGGCCGCUCAGGCCGCUCAGGCGGCCGCUCUCGGACGGUACAGGUUGGUCAACGCUUGGUUCUAUCCACGCGGCGACUGGUACACCUUCUACUGGGAUGGCAGCUCGGCCGACAAGGUCGCAAGGCGCGCUACCUACCCGACGCUCGAGCACGACGACCACGACCCCGGCCCCCUCGCAGAGCGCAUCAGGCGCGACAAGCGCGAGCGGUCCGACCGCUCCUCCGACGACUCCUCCUCCGACCGCGACUCAUGCGGCACCGGCUCCACUAGCGAGGCGAAUGACAUAUUCGACACCCUCGAAGACCAUCUCGGCUACGGUUCCGACUCCGGCUCCGGCUGGUAG